ACGAACACCAGCCAUGCAACUAUCGUAUCCAAUCAGAUCAUCCAUACCAAAUCCCUUUGCCACUAGAAAACAAAAACCAAAACCCAAAAAUAAGAAUAAAAACUGUCGAGCUCAAGAGCCUAUACGGAAUGCAAUCUCUAUAUAUCGGAGGGCAUGGAUCGAAGGACUGCCUCCCGAAGAGAAGACAAGAGAAGAGAAGAGAAGAGCCCAUGCAGGCCUCCAGCGGCAACAGCUCACGCUUCCCUGCUUCCAUGGAGAUGGAGAGGAUCUGCCAGUGGGUGUCCUCGACGGAGAUCCCCACCGACCUGACCAUCCGGAUCGGCGACUCCGUCUUCCCUCUCCACAAGGCGGUCAUGGUGCCCAAGUGCGGUUACAUCAGCAGGGCCGUCGCCGCGGCGAGGAAAGAUCCACCGGCCACCGUCGAGCUCGACCUCUCCGCGCUGCCGGGCGGCGCCGACGCGUUCGAGAAGGCCGCGCGGUACUGCUACGGCGCCAAAUUCGAGAUAACCGCGCCCAACGCGGCCGGGCUCCGCUGCGCCGCCGCGUUCCUCGACAUGCAGCAGCCCGCUGACGGCGGCCUGGCGCGUCGCGUGGAGGAGUUCCUCGCGCAGACCGGGCUGCGCACGCUGCCGAGCGCCGUGGCCGUGCUGCGCUCCUGCGAGGGCCUCCUCCCGGCCGCGGAGGAGCUCGGCAUCGUGCGGCGUUCCUCUGACGCCGUCGCGCUCAAGAUUUGCAACGAGGUGUUGUUCCCGACGAGGUCCCCGCCGGGGUGGUGGGUGGCUGAGCUCGCGUCCCUCUCGCCGGCGUCCUUCCAAAAGGUCGUCACCGCGCUGCGCUGCCGCCGCGCCGACCCGGAGGUGCUUGCCACCGCGGCCACCGCCUACGCGGAGCUCGUGCUGGCCGAAGUCCUCGCCGACCCCCGAGACAGGGAAAGCCGCGCGCUUCUCGAGUCCGUCGUGACCGUGCUCCCUUCCGCCACCGACGCGCCACUCCCGGCCGCUUUCCUCUGCCGCCUCCUCCACGCCGCAGUGAGCACCGAAGCCUCCGCCAAGACAUGCCGCGACCUGGAGCUCCGCGUCGCGGCGGUGCUCGACCAGGCCACCGCAGGGGACCUGCUGGCCGUCGCGCUCGACGGCGCCGGAGACCGCGUCACAAACACCGACACCGUCCGGCGCGUCAUCGCCGCCUUCGUCGAGAGACAAGCGGCGUCGGAGGGCGGCGCGAACGGCCGGAGCCGGAGAGCGUCUCUGUCCGGGGCAGAGCUCGGUUCGGUCGCGCUGGAGAAGGUGGCGAAGACGGUGGACGAGGUGGCGGCGGAGUUAGCGACGGAGGAGGCGCUGCCGAUCUCCAAGUUCGUGGCCGUGGCCGGCGCGGUGCCCAAGGGCGCGCGGGCGUCGCACGACUGCCUGUACCGCGCCGUGGACAUCUACCUCAAGACGCACCCGGCGCUGGACGAGAUCGAGCGGGAGAAGGUGUGCAGCGUGAUGGACCCGCUGAAGCUGUCGUACCAGGGGCGCCUCCACGCGUCGCAGAACAAGCGGCUCCCGCUCCAGGCCGCGCUCAGCGCGCUCUACUACGACCAGCUCGAGCUCCGCAGCGAAGCCGGCGCCGACGACGGCGGGUGGGAGUGGGACAGGCAGUCGGCCGCCGGGAAGGCUCGCGCGCAGGCGAGAGCGGACGCGUCGCUGGCCCAGGAGAACGAGGCGCUGCGGUCGGAGCUGGCCCGGAUGCGGGCGUACGUGUCGGGGAUGCAGCACAGCAAGGGGAGCGGGUCGAGGGCGUCGCCGGCGAAGAAGGCGAGCUUCUUGGGGUCGGUGUCGCGAACGUUGAGCCGGCUGAACCCGUUCAAAGGCGGGUGGGCCAAGGACACGUCCAGCAUCGCCGAUGGACGCCACAGGAAUACGAUGCAUGAUCAUCAUGUGGGCAAGCCCAAGAGGAGGAGGUUCUCCAUAGGUUAAUCAUGUUAUGAUCAUCUAGCUAGUAAUUUAGAAGAAAAAACUGUGGCUUGUACCUUGAGUAUUAUGUUUAUUUUUUUAAUUUAUGUGGCUUGUACCUUGAGUAUUAUGUUUGUUUUUUUAAUUUAUGUUGUCCUAUCUAAAUUGUAUGUAUGUAUGGUGUAUGGGUGCUGUGAAGAGAAGAGUAAAUUUCGUAAAAUUACACUCGA